CUACCAGGUUAGUUCGAGUGCUGUAAAAACAAAAGUUGCCGAUCGUAUACAAUGUCUUUACUGACUACUGAUCAUUGACCGCUCACGCCUUGGUCAACGUCAAUAGUCCACUCCUUCAUGUUAGCUUUUUCCGUUAUGCGUGACACUCCCGUUGUGCAAAGAAACGAAUCCCGAGCUAUAUAUGCGUGUCAGUAGCGAUCAUCUUUCGCACAACUUGAUUUGUGUGCGUGAUUGUGAAACGUCUUCGGCAUGACGCUACAUUUAAGCAUAAGAAACUUGCUUUGGCUCAUUAUCAUUUUGAUCUACCUGGAACCAAUCCUUCCAUUCGUCCUUAUAGCUAACGAACGAGGGAAGACCAGACAAGAGGAUGGCAAUAGUUUGAUUCCAAAGACCAUCAGCCAUCGCGACCUACGCUUCUUAGGCGAGAAAUCCGGUCAGUUGAUGAUGAGGACGCUUAGUAUUGUGAGCGCUUUAUUUACCAUCUGGAUCUUUGCGGAGACAAGGAAUAAGAAAAACGAAAAGCAUGUCGACGAAUUCCUUGAAGAUUUGAAUUUACAGCUCGAAAACCUCAACUUUCGAAUGGAGGACGUUAAGAAUUCCCUAUUACAGCUAACUUGCCGUUUCGAUGUCGUUCAUGCAAGAAAUAAGGGCACCAGCAGAGAAUGUCUGCAAUUUCCUCAAGAACGUAAACAAGUUGCGGCUCCCAUUUUGGCAAAACCGUCCUACUUCAUAGCAAAUAGCCAUAUCAAGAAAAAGAGUUCCUUGUCAAUCGCGCCCCAGUGGCCGGCUGGUACACAUUGAUUAACGUCAGCUUACGUUAUUCGCUUAGCAUUCCUCUGCGUGUAGCUUUCCUGAUAUCCAGUUUCUGUUCUGCCUUACUUUACUGAACAUUUGAUUGUCCCAUUUUUUUUUCUUUUAACAAUUGAUUAUUAUGUAAAGAAGCAUCUGUGAAAAUUUAACGGAAAGUCUUUGG